CAGGACGGCCACUGGCUUCUACUUCUGCUAUCUUCCUCAUUCAUCUAUAAAAAGAGGCCGAUCAAACCCAUUUAGAGAAGACGAAGAAGAAGAAGUAGAGUACUCAGAGCUCGAGUAGCGAAAGUAGCUAUGGCGGAGAAUGAUAUUUUGUAUUUUGAGCUGAAUACUGGAGCUAAAAUACCUUCGGUAGGCUUGGGGACUUGGCAGUCUAGUCCUGGUUUGGUAGCCGAAGCUGUCACUGCCGCCAUUAAGCUCGGAUAUCGCCAUAUCGAUUGUGCUCAAAUUUAUGGUAAUGAGGCUGAGAUUGGUUCUGCCCUGAAGAAGCUGUUUGAAGAAGGUGUGGUGAAGCGUGAGGAUUUGUGGAUCACCUCUAAACUAUGGAAUCGUGAUCAUGCACCAGAAGAUGUACCAUUGGCGUUGGAUAGAACCUUGAGAGACUUGCAGAUUGAUUAUCUUGACUUAUACCUUAUGCACUGGCCAGUGAAGAUGAAAAAGGGGUCAGUAGGCUUCCAGCCUGAGACCCUUGACCAAACAGACUUACCAGCCACUUGGAAAGCAAUGGAAGCACUUUAUGAUUUAGGUAAGGCUCGAGCUAUUGGUGUAAGCAAUUUUUCUACCAAGAAACUGGCAGAUUUGCUCGAUGUGGCCCGUGUUCCUCCAGCUGUUAACCAAGUUGAAAUUCAUCCUUCCUGGCAACAAGCCAAGCUACAUGAAUUUUGCAAAUCCAAAGGAGUUCACCUUACUGGGUAUUCACCGCUGGGUUCUCCAGGUACUACAUGGAUAAAAAGUGACGUCCUUAAGAAUCCAAUUCUCAUCACGGUAGCAGAGAAACUAGGCAAAACCCCUGCUCAAGUAGCUCUGCGAUGGGGCCUGCAAAUGGGCCAUAGUGUUCUUCCUAAGAGCACAAAUGAAGCUAGAAUCAAAGAAAACUUUGGUGUUUAUGGUUGGUCUAUACCAGAAGACUUGUUUGCCAAGUUUACCGAGUUUGAGCAGGCAAGACUCCUCAAAGGGUCCUCAUUUGUUCAUGAGACUUGUGGUUCAUAUCGUAACCUCGAGGACCUUUGGGAUGGUGAAAUCUAAACAUUUAAAUCAUUCUUAAAAUUAAAGGAGAUAAAGAACAGCAAGUGUAGACUCUACUGGUUUGUUUUUCAUCUAAUUCUUCUCCUAAAACAUUGGUUAUAAUUAGUAACAGACCUCUUCUAUUUUCAUGUUAUGGGAAAUAACUUGAUUUGGUUUAA